AUAUUUUAGCGAACCCACUUCCGGUGCAGCUGUUCCAUCAUGCAGCCUCCUCCCCUCGCUGCGCGUCACCCGGGGCGUUUUCGCGGAGCCUCCCACAGCCCCGGAGUUUAGAAGAAGUGCUAAACUCGAGUCUGUCGUUAGUUCUCGCUCCACUCCGGUCUGACAGUGAUUGAAGAUGUUCUUGCUCAAAAAGGUCAUCAGCGGGGUCGUUGAUGUGGUCAGCAACAUCGACCCGGCUCAGUUUACGCCCUCCGACCCUCCCCCGCCCCGCAGGCCGCUGGCAUACGCAGAGCAGAAUGAAAGUGAAGAGGAGAAACAGUUCCGCAGAGUCUUCAAGCAGCUCGCUGGAGAUGACAUGGAGGUGAGCCCCGUGGAGCUGAUGAACAUCCUGAACAAAAUCAUUUCCAAGCAUGGUGACUUGAAGACGGAUGGUUUCAGCAUCGAGUCCUGCAGGAGCAUGGUGGCCGUCAUGGAUAGCGACAGCACCGGAAAGCUGGGCUUCCACGAGUUCAAGCACCUCUGGAACAACAUCAAGAAAUGGCAGGGCGUGUACAAGACCUUCGACUCUGACCGCUCCGGGCUGAUCGGCGCAGAUGAGCUGCCUAAAGCUUUCACGGCUGCCGGGUUUCCUCUCAACGACCAGCUCUUCCAGAUGAUCAUUCGAAGAUACAGCGACGAAAACGGGAACAUGGAUUUUGACAACUACAUUGGGUGCCUCGUGAGGCUGGACGCCAUGUGCCGGGCCUUCAAAACCCUCGACAGGGACAAUAAUGGAACCAUAAAGGUCAACGUUCAAGAGUGGCUUCAGUUGACCAUGUACUCCUGAGUGCUGAUGGUGCCUCUCUCUCCUGCCUGGAUUUGUCUACACAAAGUCUUUUAUUCAAAUCCCCAACAACUCCUUCGGUUACUCAGAAACCCCCCGUGUGCAUGCAGCUACAUGUGAGGGGUGAUUCACGCUUCCGUCAUAUUCUAUCCAAAGUGUCACUACGGGAAAACCACUCGUGCAGAAAGAGGUCAACUUCACUGGCCCUCCAACCCCUGAAGUCCUGAACCUGGCGGGUGGAAGCACCUGUCCCCCUUCUUUCAAGAAACACCUUUACACUUCAGCGCUGCAUUCUAAGAAAGCUGGGAGAACCUCCUUUGUGGGAGUAAACACGGGCGAGACGCUCUGCUGCGUGAACCAACACCCGCCCACGCAGGUGCUUCCACCUUUCAGGUGCUUCUGUCUGGGUGUGUUUGGAAUCUCAUACUGGUUUUGCUUAAGUAUUUUUUCUUAGAAAGCCCUGGGCUGCAGCGAAGCGCUUCAGUUAGGGGUGGUGCAAAAGCUUUUUAACUAUUUCUAGAACACAGUUCUAAUGUCCUAUUUUAAACGUGUUACUGUCAGGAAUGUCGUCUAAAGUUCUACAUGUAAAGGUUUCUUAUGUUCACUGUAUGCUCCUCUACACAUCCCAGAUAUGCUGUUGUUGCCGUUCAUCACUUUACACACUAGUGUCAGCACAAUGUGUGCAUUUAUACAGAGCAGAUGCCACUGAUGCAUGAGGCCAAACUGUUGCUGAAAGUGUGCCAUAUUUGAAAUAAAAAUGUUUUUCUUUUA